UAUCUGGUGGCAAGAUGCGUCUAUCUGCUCUACUUUCACCCUCUUGCUAGAUAUCCGGGGCCAAAGCUGGCAGCCCUCUCGGAGGCAUGGCAUAAUCGCAACAUGACCUGUGGUCGGGGAUGCUUUAACGUUAGGGAACUCCACCACAAACAUGGGGAUGUCGUAAGACUUGGCCCAAACAGACUAUCAUUUGCCACUCCUCAGGCCUACCGUGACAUAUACGGCCAUGUCAAGCACGGACAAGAUCGCUUCCUCAAGAAUAAGUGGUACGAACUGGAUGAACCUCGUAUCGUCAGGGUCCGCGAUCCCAUCGCGCACGCUGAGCAGAGGAGAGCCCUGUCGCACGCCUUCAGCGCUCGCGCCCUCCGGGACCAGGAGUCCGUUAUCCAUCGCUAUGUCGACCUCCUGAUGGAGCAGCUCGCCAGGCUGGGUAACGGCGGAGAGAAACCACCGUUCGAAGCCGUGAGCCAGGGCUCCAACCGAUGGAUCAACCUGAUCAUAAGGUACCUUCAACACAGUUUCUACAGGCGCAAUGCCAAAAAAUACGGCCCUUUCAGCUCGCUGUAUAUGCAAUGGUCCAGUUCCUCCGAGCUUCGAGAAGCUUCCGAAGAGCACAGGACCCUCACGAGCGAGAAGGCCAAGCGCCGUCUUGAGCUAGGCGACAUGGGACGUGUCGACUUCUUCAGCCACCUCCUCAAGGGCGGCAAACUGGACGAGCGGUCCAUCAUCGGGAACACCGACACGCUGAUUAUCGCCGGCUCUGAGACGACCGCUACGACCUUAUGCGGCCUCACCUGGUACCUCCUCAGCCACCCAGCCUGCCUCCAGAAGCUGACGGAUGAGGUGCGCGGCGCCUUCCAGUCCCUGGACGAAAUCACUGGUGACUCCACUGCGACCCUCCCGUACCUGCAUGGCUGCAUAGAAGAGGGUCUCCGCAUGUUCCCACCCGUCACCAUUGGUCUGCCCCGUGACUGUCCUGGCGCCGUCAUCGAUGGGCGAUAUAUCCCCAAGGACACUAUUGUGCAAUGUGACCCCUUGACCCUGCACACCAGCCCGCGCUACUGGGUGGACAGCGAGGAGUAUCGCCCAGAGCGAUGGCUUGGAGCAGGGCUCGAGGGGGAUGACAAGCGGGCGUUCCAACCCUUCUCGACGGGACCCAGGGCUUGCUUGGGUGUCAACAUGGCCUACAUGGAGCUGAGAAUCGCCCUCGCCAAGCUGAUGUGGACCUAUGAUAUGGAGAUGGCCAGCAAGAUCGACAACUGGUACGAUGCCUGUGUCGAUGUUGGCCUCUGGAAGAAGCCCGACCUCAUGGUCAAGUUCCAUCCCCGCGUGGUGGUCCAGUGA